UUGGGUCUAGUGACCACCCAAACCCUCGAGCCUUUUCUUCUCCGUCAUCUAUCCCCGACUCGUCCAUCUCUCUUUCUCUCUCCCUGCAACACUGUUCUCUCCGAACCCUAAAAUCCCCUCCCUGCAUUCACUAUUCACUUUGUUUCUCAUUUGACUCUUCAAUUUCCACUCUCUCUUGCUAGCUCUUCCGUUUCAUUUCUCUCGAAUCGAUCCUUUCUUUUCUGAAUCUUCUCUGACACAAAGGCCAUGGCCGAAGGAAAGCUCGAUCUCCCUGACGAUCUCCUUUCCUCUAACCCUUCCGAUCACUCCAAAGGUAACGAUGACAGCAAGCCUUUCAUGGUCCAGCUUGAUAUUUCCAAAGAUCAAGCGAUGGUGGACAGCAGCAUUCCUUUGUCUCCACAGUGGCUUUAUGCUAAACCAAGUGACACAAAGAUGGAAAUGCGUCCACCGAGCUCUUUGUCACUUGGAAGUUCUGCUGAUUCAAGUCAAAAGGAGGCUUGGCGUACAGAUAUGCCUGAGGACAAAAAGGAUUGGAGAAGAACGCCAGUGGAGACUGAGAGUGGCCGCCGGUGGCGUGAGGAAGAGAGGGAAACUAGCUUGCUUGGUCGAAGAGAACGAAAGAAAACCGAUCGUGAUGUUAAUAACCGCAAUUCUGGGCUUGAUACAAGACGUGAUAGCAAGUGGUCUUCUAGGUGGGGUCCUGAUGGCAAAGAAAAAGAAAAUCGCAGUGAGAAAAGGAUAGAUGUAGAUAAGGAAGAUGUUCAUCACGAUGGUCAACCAUUUCUCGCUAACCGUUCUGUCUCGGAGCGGGAGUCGGAUUCUCGUGAUAAGUGGCGUCCACGCCAUAGAAUGGAAGGUAACUCUGCUGCUACAGGUUCCUAUCGUGCUGCCCCAGGCUUUGGACAGGAAAGAGGAAAAGUAGAAGGGUCAAAUGUGGGAUUUAACUUGGGUCGUGGGAGGUCUACUGUGACUAUUGUAAGACCUUCCUCUGGGGGUGCAAUUGGUGCUUCGCCAUUUGAGAAUUCUGUUGCUGGAAAACCAAGCAUCUCAGCUGGCAUAUUUUGUUAUCCAAGGGGGAAAACUCUUGACAUAUACCGCAUGCAAAAGCUUGGCUCAUCUCUUUGUAGCAUGCCUGAAAAUAUGGAAGAAGAACCCCCAGUUACUCAAGUAAUUGCUAUUGAACCAUUAGCUUUUGUUGUUCCUGAUGCUGAGGAGGAGGCUGUCCUCAAUGACAUAUGGAAAGGUAAAAUUACUGGUAGUGGUGUUUCUUACAAUCCUUCUAGAAAGGGUCAAUCAAUAGAUGAUGUCACAGAAACUGGGGAUACGGAGCCCAACAAUCCAAAGCAGGGUGCUCCCUCUGCUGAUGUCACUGAAGAGACAGCUGAUAGGUUACUGAAAACAUCAAAAGGUGUUGAAGAAGCCAAUGCCUAUAGCUUUUCUUAUGAGAAUGGUGUCAAGGUCAGGUUGGAUGGUGGAGAUAAUCAUGAAGGACAGAAAGAGAAAGUUUCUGAAUCUAUUACUGCAGAUGAAAGAUUGUUGACCAGGAAGAGAACUGUCAAUAAUGACUGCUUGAAAGUCAUUAGUGGGUCCAAAUCUGAUACUUCUGAGGUCAGCUUACCAGAAUCAGGAGUAACCAUGGCCCCUGUCUUUGAGAACAUCCAACAACAUGUUGCCUUUGAUGUCAGUUCAAAGGUUCCUGAUGAUUCAAAUUCCCUAUUUGCAAAGUCCUCUUCAGAAAUCUACUGGAACAACCUUCUGGGAAGGGGUACCCCACCUGAGGAGUUGAGUUUGUAUUAUCGUGAUCCACAAGGCGAAAUCCAGGGGCCAUUUCUUGGAGCUGACAUCAUCUCAUGGUUUGACCAGGGUUUUUUUGGAACUGACUUGCCAGUUCGGUUGGAAGAUGCCCCUGAAGAUUCACCUUUCUUUGAACUGGGGGACAUAAUGCCGCAUUUGAAAUUUGGACAUGAGUAUGUUGGUGACAUCAAUCUUCCUCAGGUAGAACCAUCUGCUGUACUAGAGGGGAAGUUGGACUCUGGUUUACAUUGCUCAGCUUCUGUUUCUGAGAUGGUUGGUUCUGCUGCCCUGGAUGGCUUGAGCUGGCCGGCAUCUGAUUUUGAUGGCCAAAAUGGCCUUGGUGGACAUCGUAAUCAGUCAGUACCUGAUCAUCCAGCUCGUCAAUUUAAACCGCCUUAUUUACAAAAUGAAGAGUUUCAUGAUUUCGUUGCUCAAGACGAAGAAAUUGUGUUUCCAGGAAGACCUGGAAGCAGUGGCAAUCCUAUUGGAAAAACUUCAACAGGACCUACUGAUCCUUCAAAUAUGCAUCGUGCAAUUCCAAAUGCAAUGACUGGGGGUCGAGUUCCAAAUCAGGAAGAGCCACUGCACCCACUUGGUUUAUUAUGGUCAGAGCUUGAAGGCACUUCAGGAAAGAGUGGUCCUAUCUCAGAUGUUCCAUUUAGUGGAGGUGGUCAGGAUCAGAUUCUAAACCCUGUUGCUGCAAGGGUUGCGCCAUUUGGUGCUAAGAUGGAACCAGCCUCUACUGUCGAGACAUGGGCUGAUGCUUAUAGAAGAAAUGCUGUAUCAGAACCCAACUUAUAUCAAGAUGCUACAGAUGCCAGCCACUUGUUGCACAGGGACCACGAACUGAACCGGUUUGAGUUGGCAGAUAAGCUGUUCUCACAACAACUUCAACAACAGCAUCCUAAUAGUUUGAUGUCCUCUCAUAAUAGUCAUUUAAAUGAAGCAAUGCUGGAACAAGGGGCAAACUAUAAUUCAAUACACCAACCGCAGUUGGCGAGUCAGACUGGGCAGGACUUGGAACACUUUAUGGCUCUUCAGCUGCAGCAGCAGCAGCAGAGACAGUUACAGCUUCAACAACAACAACUGCAACAACAGCAACAGUUCCAUCAACAGCAAAUGCUACUGAAAGAGCAACAGUCCCAUGCAAGACAGCUGCUUCUUGAACAAUUAUUGCAGAGUCAAAUAUGUGAUUCAAGUCGUGCACAAUCACGUCUUGGUUCUAUUAGGCAUAACAGUGCUCUGGAGCAGGUGUUGAUUAAACAGCAAAUUCUGAGUGAACUGCAACAGCGUUCACAUCUUCCCCCAAGACAUGCUGAACCAUCUAUUGAGCAUCUCAUUCAAGCAAAAUUUGGUCAAAUACCGCGUCAAGGGCAUCAAAAUGAUUUGAUGGAGCUCCUAUCUCGGGCAAAGCAUGGACAGAUGCACCCUGUGGAGCAUCAAAUCCUUCAACAGGAACAAGUGCAUGAGAGGCUAAGGCAACGUUUGGAAAUGGAGGAAGAUAGACAGAUUGGUUCUGUCUGGCAUGUAGAUGAAACUGGUCAGUUUCUCCGAAAUCCAGCUGUUGCUCGUCGAGCCAACUCUGGAUUUGGCCCAUUAGAUAUUUACCAACAGCAACAGAUACCCCUUCCUGAAGAGCAUGUCAGUCAUCUGGAAAGGAAUUUGUCAGUGCAGGAUAGAUUUCAGCGGGGUCUCUAUGACUCUGGAUUACUGCCUUUAGAACGUACAAUGUCAGUACCUGGUGGUGGUCCUGGUGUUAAUUUGGACGCUGUAAAUCCUCUAUUGCAUGCACAAGGUUUAGAAAUGCAAGAUCCAAAUUCAAGAAUGCAAUCAGCUGGUCAUAUGCCUGGGUUCUCGACUGGAACCCACGCGCAAUCUCCUCACCAUCCUUUGUUUUCCAAUCAAUUUCAUGCUCCGAAUGCAGAUACAAUUGAAAAUCAUUGGCCUGAAAGAAAUGGUCAGUUACCAGUUGAUUGGAUGGAAACUCGGAUGCAGCAACUGCAUCUUAAUGGUGAGAUGCAAAGAAGGGAAUUUGAUGUCAAAAGGGCUUCUGAAGAUCAAAGUAUGUGGAUGUCAGCUGGUGCUAGUGAUGACAGUUCAAAGCGAUUACUUAUGGAGCUGCUCCAGCAAAAAUCUGGCCAGCAGUCAACUGAGAAAGCAGAAAUGACCAGGGGGGUUUUGUUUGAGAGGGGCUUUCACUCUGGUCAGUUUUCCAGGACAAAUGCUUCAAACUGUUCGUUCAACCCUCUUUUGGACCAGGAUACGAGUCUAAACCAAGCCUUUAGUGUUGGGUCAUAUGGUUCUAAUUCAGGUUUGCCACCACAUAGAGAUCACGUAGAUGAGAUUGCCAGUAGUCUUAAUGUUGGUGAGAGAUUGCCCUUCAAAUCUCAUUCUGGAGCUUUAUCUGAAGUUGAACCUGUCUUUUCCAGCAUCAAUGAUGCCUCUCAGGUGUAUCUUGAGGCUCGAGAAAGUAUCGGUGGGCAAGCUGGUGUGAUGACUGUAGAGGGGGAAAUGCCAGUUAACUUGCUUAGCAGGCACAGUUCACUUGGGACUGGAGGUGGAAAUCUUGACUUCUACAAUGACAAGAGUGAUAGAGGGGAUUCGGUUGCGGAGGAAAUUCCGAAGGAACGGAUGACUGUGACAUCAAAAAGGCUGGAUAAUAUCUUGCUGAAGCGUCCACCUGUCUUACGAGUUUCUUCGACACAGGAGGGUCUAUCUGAUCUAACUUCUGAUACCCUUGUGAGAAGCAAAAAUCCUUCAGAUGCCAUGGCUUCUGAAAUGGGCAAGAGGGAAGCGGGAGGUAAUGCAGCAAAUCAAGUCCGUGACACCGUGACAUCUGGAAAGAAAGAUGUGCGCUUCCGACGGACUGCAUCUUGUGGUGAUGCUGAUGUUUCAGAGACAUCAUUCAGUGACAUGCUUAAGAGUAACGCAAAGAAGCCAGCAGCUCAGGAGGCACAUGCAUCAGAGGCAUCGGAUGGAACACAAUGUGCCCGUAGUGGUAAGAAGAAAGGAAAGAAAGGAAGGCAGAUUGAUCCUGCUCUUCUUGGGUUCAAGGUUACAAGCAAUCGCAUCAUGAUGGGUGAGAUACAACGGAUAGAAGAUUAGUGGUUGUACAGUUGUAACUUGUUAGUUUCCCAAUUUCUUCUGCUGUACAGAUUAGAGUCAUCUGUAAAAUUUUCCGGUCACAUUCUUUUGUUUUACUCCAUCCCAUUUUCUUUAGGGAUGGCUGGUGAGAUAUAGCUAGCGUUAGGUAGUAUAGCCAAUUAGUUGGGAUGAGAUAGGAAAAAGCUUGUAUAGAUUGAUUGGAUCUUUAUAGAUACCAGCUAUCAAGUAGAGCAGAGGCAACGUAACAGAGAGAAAUGUUUUCCUUUUUGUUUCUUCCUAUCUGAUGUAGGAAAUUGAUGGCCUUAGCCGAUAUGAUAAGAGCAAAAAGCUAUAC